AGAGGCGCGGCGCGGAGUCCCGUUAGAAGCAGCGCGGAGCCCGUGCGGAUCCCCACCGGCGCAGGAGGAGCGACGGCCGUGCCCAGCCCGCCGGGAAGAUGCCGAAAACGAUCAGUGUGCGUGUUACCACCAUGGAUGCUGAGCUGGAGUUUGCCAUCCAGCCCAACACCACAGGGAAGCAACUCUUUGAUCAGGUUGUCAAGACAAUUGGUUUGCGAGAAGUCUGGUUUUUUGGACUUCAGUAUCAAGACACCAAGGGCUUCUCAACGUGGCUAAAAUUGAACAAAAAGGUAACAGCACAAGAUGUACGUAAAGAAAGCCCCCUGCUUUUCAAAUUCCGUGCCAAGUUCUACCCAGAAGAUGUGGCAGAAGAGCUGAUCCAGGACAUCACACAGCGCCUUUUCUUUCUGCAAGUGAAGGAGGCAAUUCUGAAUGAUGACAUUUACUGUCCCCCAGAAACAGCUGUUCUUCUGGCUUCUUAUGCCGUCCAGUCCAAAUACGGAGACUUCAACAAAGAUGUGCACAAGUCUGGCUACCUUGCUAGUGAUAAACUGCUCCCUCAAAGGGUUUUGGAGCAGCACAAGCUUAACAAGGACCAGUGGGAGGAGAGGAUCCAGGUGUGGCAUGAGGAACAUCGAGGAAUGAUUAGAGAAGAUGCUGUCUUGGAGUACCUGAAAAUUGCACAGGAUUUGGAAAUGUACGGUGUGAACUACUUCAGCAUUAAGAACAAGAAAGGCUCUGAGCUCUGGCUAGGUGUAGAUGCUCUUGGACUCAACAUUUAUGAGCAGAAUGAUAGGCUAACACCAAAAAUUGGAUUCCCCUGGAGUGAGAUCAGAAAUAUCUCAUUCAAUGACAAGAAAUUUGUUAUUAAGCCUAUUGACAAGAAAGCACCAGACUUUGUAUUCUAUGCCCCUCGGUUACGGAUUAACAAACGAAUCCUGGCGCUUUGCAUGGGGAACCACGAGCUCUACAUGCGCAGACGUAAACCAGACACCAUUGAGGUGCAGCAGAUGAAGGCACAGGCUCGGGAAGAGAAACACCAGAAACAGAUGGAGAGAGCCCUGCUGGAGAAUGAGAAGAAGAAGAGGGAGUUGGCAGAAAAGGAGAAGGAGAAGAUUGAGCGUGAGAAGGAGGAGCUGAUGGAGAGACUCAAGCAAAUUGAGGAGCAAACCAAGAAAGCUCAGCAAGAAUUGGAAGAACAGACCCGCAGAGCUCUGGAGCUGGAACAGGAGAGAAAACGAGCUCAGGAGGAAGCAGAGAAACUGGCUAAAGAACGUAGAGAGGCAGAAGAGGCAAAGGAGGCCCUAUUGAGAGCAUCCCAUGAUCAACAAAAGACCCAGGAACAGUUGGCUGCUGAGAUGGCAGAACUCACAGCUAGGAUCACACAGCUGGAGCUGGCCAGGCAGAAGAAGGAGAGCGAGGCGCAGGAGUGGCAGUAUAAGGCACAGAGGGUGCAGGAGGACCUAGAGAAGACCAAAGAGGAGUUGAAGACUGCCAUGAGUACUCCUCAUGUCACUGAACCCAUGCACUCUGAGAAUGAGCAUGAUGAUGAGCAGGAUGAGAAUGCAGCAGAAGCCAGUGCUGAGCUACGGUCAGAGGCCACCAUCAAGGACCGCAGUGAGGAGGAACGCACCACUGAAGCAGAGAAGAAUGAGAGGGUCCAGAAACACUUGAAGGCUCUUUCCUCAGAGCUGGCAAACGCUCGGGAUGAAACCAAGAAGACAGCCAAUGACAUGAUCCACGCUGAGAACAUGCGCCUGGGCCGAGACAAGUACAAGACCCUCCGUCAGAUUCGGCAGGGCAACACCAAGCAGCGCAUUGACGAGUUCGAGUCCAUGUAAACUCUCCCCUGCACCUGCUGCCCUGCACUCUCUUCUCCCCUCUUUCCCAUCCUCUCCCAUCAUCACUCAUAAUCGUGCUAUGCUGGAACCACUACAGAAGAGUGACCAUGGUCUUAUUUAUCAAGUUUUGGGCAAAUGCUGGAGUUAAGUGACAGAAGAAGGAAUAGUAAUUAUGUCUGCCUGGGGUGGCUUGGGGAAGCAAAUGUAUAUUAGGCAAAAUCUGAAGUUGUUUGGCUUGGGGUAAAGUCUUAGUGUAUUGGGUUUGCCCACUGAGGUGGCUGUGUUGCUGUCUUCUCCCAUUGUGUGGGAAGACCAGCAGAUAUUUGUACUGCAUUUGAUAGUCAAGAGCUAGCAGUCUGACACUCUGCCUUCCUACUAACCUGUGCAAGCUUCAGGAUUAAGCUUAGUAGCCAGGGUCUGAAUUUCUGACUUAACCCAGAGUCUGAAUCAUGUAGUUAAAAAGGGGAGACUGGAGCUUAGGAAGAAGGAUUGAAGGUAAAAUAUAGACUUUCUCUCUAAAAGACCAAAGCUUUUGUCCUACAAAAAUAAGCAGACCAAACAGAUCCUGUGGUGUUCCUGCUGGUGUUACAUUUUGUUGUUUAAUGAUGGAGCCUUGAAUUUCCUAAUCAUGAGGCGGCCUUUGGAGUAUUUCCACUGAUACAGUGUGGUUUGAAGCCUCAAAUUCCCUGCUUUCUAGAGGUUUUGUCUCUGGUCAAUGGCUUUGUUCACUAUCAUUUGUCUGACUUCAAUGUAACCAGUGAGGCAGAGAUAGCUAAAGUACACUGCCUUCCUUUUUGGUUUUGCCAAUGAAAAACUAAAAUGGGAGGUAGAAAUGUAAAAGACUAAAAAUUAUUGUAGCUGUAUUUUCCCUUGCUGAACAGAUACUUUUCUAGUUUUGUGAACAAGAUUUCAGGUUUUUCCAUAAGAGGCCUUUUUAGCACAUAGUUGUUGGUGCCUUAUGACUGUGUAUAGAUCUACUGUAGCUCAGAUACCUUUAGUUUAAACUAGAUGCAAUCAUAAAAAGUGAUCAGCAGCUGGGGACCAAAAACUGCUCUCAUAUCUGGGUCAUGUACAAGACUGCAUCUGUCUUCCUGGCUACAAGCAGCAUUUGAGGGGAGAGGUUUCUGAGACACCUGUCCAAUUGCUUUCUUAGUCCUCAGUAGCACUCUGCCACAUCCCUGGCUCAAGUGCUUUUCCAUCCCCAGAAGGAUGCUUUGGCCUUUUGUAGCUUUGAGAACAGAAGGCUUUCUCUUAGAAAUGGGAUACAAAUGGUUGUGAGAUUGGUCCUGAGAGCUGCUUGUGCCAGUUAUUGUAAUAACCAUCACCUCCUGUCAUCCAAGCUGCCCAUGCUGUAGCUAUCCAGAGUCCUCCCUGCCAUUUCUGUGGAGGAAAUAGCCAUGUAUGCUCAGGGUUGAAUUGGAUGUUGCCUUGAUCCCUCAUAAAAGGAACUGUUAGCCUUCAGGAGAGUCACCUUAAAAAUGGGUUCCACCUAAAGUGAAGUCCUCCUUUGUUUUGCCCUCCUUGGAUUAGCCUGUCCCUAUAGGAAGUCAUUAGGUUAGCCUGGGAUUUAUUUUCUUGCCUAGCAUAAUUCCAAAUUUUGUGACCCGCUCAGUUUUGUUGAUUCUCCUUUUGUGUGAUGUUACUGGUAAUGGUGAUAGAAGAAAAACAUCUGACAACCGGAGCAUUUACUGUGCCAAAAAAAAUGUUCACAAUAGUGUUAACAAACCGCAGUAUUUCCCCAAGAAUUCCUUGGGUGGCUGGAAACAACCUCACCAGUUCUGUUAUUUUUUGAAAGCAAUGCAAGUCUGUGUGGAGAUUCAUACAAAUACCAGCCAACCUCUGUUAGAAGCAACAUGCCAACCUAUGCAUGUUAAACCUCCAGGUGUGUCAUGUGGGAGCCCCCUUCUCUCCCCUGGACACAGAGUGCUUUUGGGGGGCACAUGACAUGGCAAGCUUUUUGUUGGCCAAGAAAAAUAUGCCUCAGUACCAUGAAAGUCACAAAUGAAAGAUUGGAGUUAAAUUUGUCAGGACGUGUUUGAAUAUUCCUGUACUGAACGUGAUUGGCACUGGCUCUGUGUGAGUCUCGUUACUGGGGAACAGACAACCUUUAAACUUCUGUUUUGGUGCUUUAAAGCUGGUUCUCAGCACUUCUGCUCUGUCCAUGGCAACUAUUGAUGCAUUUGAGGGGAGAAAAUCCUAUCUAAUAUUUUAAUAAUUUCCUAACAAGCUGAUGUAUGGUGCCUGGAAUAUUUGUUCAAAUAAUAAACCAGUAAUUUUCUGCUUUGAUGGGUCACACAACACUGCUGAGCUCUCAUGUAUUAUGACGUUGGCAUGACUUCUGUUUAUAUUGUUUUUUUAAACGUUCUAAUUCCACAUGGUCCAAUAAAGGAAUAGAACGGCUUGUGCCAGUGAGUCCACCUAACUCUUUGUAGUUGUUUCAGCCCUGCCUUCUUUUUAACCAGUAUUAUAUUCCAGUGGUAUCUAAUGAUAUUUGAUUUCAAUAUUUCUAGCUAUGCACAAUUAGAAAAUAUUAGUCAAGGCACGGAGGGUAUGUUUAUGGUCCUCCUUCCCUUGGAAAUGUAUACUGUAUUAUAAAGAUGAUAUUUUGCAAGAAAACUAAUGUAAGAAGCUUUCAGUAUUAUGGUGAGAUUUGUAGACACAUUUUUUUAUUUGUUAGAAUACAGUGAAUUGUUCUUCCUCUUCAUGUUCCAGUUUAAUUGGAUAACUACUCCUCUUGGGGGUGGGGGGAGUUGCCACAUGUUGCCUGGCUUUUUUUUUUUUUUUCUUGUUUUAUUUUUUGUUGCUGUAAAUUAUGUUGAAGGUUUUUGACCAGUUGUUUUACUGGAUUAUAAUAAAACACCAAUUCCUUAAGGUUGUGGAGUAAUUCAUUGGUCCAUGUGUUUAUCUGCAGAGAGAACCUUGAUUAAGACAUGUUUUUCCUGAUCAGAGGAGUUGUUAAAAUCCAUACCUUGUUCUUCCUGAAGUGCCAAUAAAGUUCAGAGAAAUUCA